CUGUGCGACUACAACUACCUGGCAUUUUUGAUUAUCGAUUUGUUUCUGUUUGCAUCUACUACUAACGCUACGAUCAUUUACUUUCUAUUCAUUAUAUCUACCAAUUGCACCUAUCAAUUUUCGAUGGCAAUUUCUAAGUUGUUCUUUGCCUACUUUCAUAAAAAUGAAAAACCAUUUAAAAUGCUUUGUUUGCCGUUGCUUCCAUUAAAAAACGUCAUCAAUCAAAUGAGUUUCGAAUCAGUAUGGAGACUUUCGAAGACAUCGAGGAAAAUGUAUGAAAAGAUUAAAAACGUCAAAAAAAGUAUAUAUAAAAUAGUCAUUGAUAAUCGUUUUGAAUAUAAUAUAAUUUAUCCUCGCUUCAAAACAAGAAUUUUACGUUUUGAAAAAAAGAGUGACUUUGUGUCUGUCUAUAAUGAGAUGGGUACAAACAAGGAAAUAACAGCUUCAGUUUAUCUCAAGUUCAGCGUUGAUUUUUGGAUCGAAUUGUUCUACAAGUUAGACAAAAGAGGACCAGGAAAGCUUCGUAGUUCGGUGUACAAGUUAAAUCACUUAAAAAAACGUUUAAAAUACUUAAAUCGUUUUGAUGAACUGUUUUCGAUUAAACACGUGGAUUUGGUAAUUGAUAAAUAUAAACUUUUUGGAGACUCCAUAAGCCAUCCAUUGUUUCAAAAGUGUGACUAUAUGGAGAUAGUAGGAAAUACUUCAUAUAUCUCAAAUAAUGAAAUGAAUUUUGUAUUGAACAAUUUCAAACUGAAAAAUGGACUGCUUACUAAUUGUUUGAUUGCCGAAGAUUUCGAUGUGACAGCUAUGCAGCAGAUUCCUCGUUUGGUUAUUUUCAACGCACAACAUAUCACAGUAGAAGAUUUAAUAAAAAUGGAUUGUGAAACUAUCAAAUUGUGUUAUCAUCAAUUCAAACCACGACAUAUCAAUCAGUUACUUCAUCAUUGGUUGUCGGGAGAAAUGCCCAAGUUACGAAGAUUCCGUUUGAACUUCUAUUGUGAUACUACGUGGAUCGGUGUAGUUUUAUCUGGAAUAGAACAUUCGAAAUGGGAUGGGCAACGCCGAGCAAAGUUUUUUCGCGAUGGAAUUGAGUCGAUUGACUGUGGAAAUGGAUUUGAUAUAGAACGCAACGAUGGACUUCUUGCAACGUUUUCUAGCUUAGAAGACUCGAUUGAUUUCGUUGUAUGGGGCAAUAUAUCUGCUCUGUAGUACAUUACAAAUAAUAUUUAAUAACGUUUAAGGGGAAGUAGCUAACUUUGUUUUAUUGCUUAAUCUAAACCUCAAAUUGUUUUGAAAGGCAAUUUUUUAAUUAUGAUACUUCAAAAAGAAAAUUUCUCGAAAAUUGUUUUAUGAUGGUUCAAUGUGCCAAAUUUAGCAAACAAUAAAAUUUUAAGUUGUUCG